GCCGCUUGCCUCGAUAGGUCGACGUUGUUAGAUUCCGUUCACAGCCUGAUUUUCCGUAUUGGGCUGUAAAAAAAGUUAUGUUCCCGGGUAUUAGGAAAUAUUCGUUUGCGUGAUGGGAUUGUGCGGCCCUAGGAAGCAUGCGGUGCAGUACUGCCGCUCCGGCUGGAUUCCUGCAGUCUUGAGUCUAGACGUUAAGAGGAAUCGGGUAUAUAAGAGUGUCUGGAAGGGUACGCAUUUCGUGUAUUCGCCAGAAUUUCUUGUCCAUAUCUAGCCCUUUUUAUCGUCUUUGUUGAUAGGCCAGCCGCCAUGUUAGGCUCACCCGCUCUCCUUGCCUUAGCAUUACUUAGCGACGACGCCCUCGCCGCAUUUGGGCUCACCACUACAAGCACCAGAUACAAGGUUGACACGAAUGGCGGAUUAGUAUUUGAAGUUAACAGAGCCAACGGGGAUAUUGCUAGUCUAGUAUUCAAUAGCAUCGAAUACCAGGGGAAGGGAAAAGCUUCAGGCAUCAAUUCCGGCCUCGGAACAUCGCAAGUAUCCGCUGAGACGAUAGGCAGCAACUACAUCAAGAUCAUGGUGAAGGCCAGUUCGCUGCCGGUGACUCAGUAUUAUAUAGCUAAGUCGGAAGAUCCCACAAUCUACAUGGCGACUUAUAUUACUGGCGAGGUUGACCCUGGAGAGCUUCGAUGGCUUGCCCGAUUACGCCAGGAAAAUGUGCCCACCGGCGUGCACGGGGACGUUGGCAAUACUAUUGGCUGCACCGCUUUUGAAGGCAAGGAUACUUUUCGAUGCCCGAAUCAGCAAACUCGCUGCAAGAUGUACACUGGCGACCGUUUUAUCGACGAUCAGAUACAUGGUGUCUCGGGAUCUAACGUCGCGGUGUGGAUGAUCAUGCCUAAAGUUGCGUAUGAGACUUCAUCGGGCGGUCCAUUCAUGCGUGACAUCAACAGCCAGACUGGUAGCAGCGAUCAAGAACUAUACUGGUACAUGAACAGCGGGCAUGUUCGGACGGAGCCCUGGCGCUUCGGUCUGAUGGGACCAUACGCCAUGAAGUUCACUAAAGGGGAUAAACCUUCUCCUGACUUGGACACUUCCUUUUUUAGUACCCUCGACAUUCAGGGGUAUGUGCCGAGUAGCCAGCGUGGCUCCGUCUCCGGUUCCGUUGCCGGAGUGCCAAAAGAAUUUGAGGCCGUCGUCCACUGGUAUAACGACAAAGCCCAGUAUUGGGCCAAAGCUGCGAACAAUGCCUUCAAGUCGCCAUUGAUGAAGCCGGGUACAUACACUAUGAAACUAUACAGGGGCGAGUACGAAGUAGCCAAAGACACGGUGACCGUCGCUGCUGGGAGCAAUACGUCCAAGGACAUCGCAUCAGCCGAGCCAAAUCCUUCCGUCGUAUGGCGCAUCGGGAAUUUCGACGGACAACCCUUCGAAUUGAAGAACGGCGACAAGAUUGAGCGGAUGCAUCCUAGCGACGUUCGAAUGGGAUCUUGGGGAGGCACUUAUACGGUUGGCCAAUCCUCUGCCCGCGAUUUCCCAAUGGCCCUCUUCUCGAAGACCGGAGGUAACGUAAAGGUUAACUUCAACCUUACCGCAAACCAAGUUAGGGACCUUACGCUGAGGGUGGGCACUACGCUUUCGUUCAAGGGAGGGCGUCCGUCGGUGGCCAUUGGAAGCUGGACCGGAAAGGACCCAGGCGCUCCUAAACUUAUCGACUCUCGCGGAGUUACUCGUGGAGCAUAUCGCGGGUAUGGCGAAGUCUACACUUGGACCGUUCCCGCAAGUGCUUUUAAAAAUGGGCAAAACACUCUCACGCUUGGAGUAUAUGGCUCUGGUGACAAGGACUUCCUAAGUGCUAAUUAUAUUGUUGAUGCUAUCGAGCUCCAAGGCCCGGCAGCAAGCUAGGCAAGCUAGUUCAACUGUUAUCGUAGAGCGAGCAUCAAACGACUGAUGUGCUGAAGAAAUAUUAUUCCUUUACGAUCAUUCGAAACAAUCCAAAUUAUAUCUCACAAUUAGGGCUAUGAUAGUAGCUUUUUUACAUCUUUCAUGAGUUUAUCGACAACGAUUUACGUUGUA